ACGGAUACACCGUACUAAGACAUCACACGCCUCCUGGAGGAGGGGAGGCUAGUGGGUAGCCCAGACCAAGGAGAGCUUGCCACGUCUCCAGCGCCUGUGCGUCACACUUGUGCAGAAACCACCUGGGGAUCUUGUGCAAUUGCAGCUGCUGAGUGAGCAGAUUGGGCAGGGUCUCGGAAAUCUGUGAGCCAUGCUUGGAGUAUCAGGGCCUGGCAAACUGAGGAGCCCCUACCUCUCAUCCCCCUGCCUCAUACAGGUACCCAGUAGGUCCUGCUCAACCCCUGUGAGCUUAUGGGGUCUGAGGACUCAAGCUGGCGUCAGGCUCCUGGGCCAGCCUGCAGUUCACACAGUCAUUCAGCAAACACUGAGCACUGACUGUGAAUCACAUGGAUGGGAUUUCCCCCUGGGCACCCACAGUCUGCUGGGGCUGUGGCCAUUAACCUCUAACACAAUCUGAGACUGAUAAAUGCCAUAAAGAGGAAGUGGGAACUAUGGUGGAGGUGGCCUGGGGGGUGUCUCAGUGAGGGAGUUCAGGGUCUGGAAGUCUCAGCAGCAAACCCCUGGCUGGCAUGACACGUACUACCCUGUUUCCCCACCAUGGACGCUGUGCCCAGGGCAGGGCAAGGGGGUGUGGUGGAGCCUGCCCUGGGGAGCCAGAGUCCUGAGCACAAGCGUAUAGGUCUGGGCAGCCAGAGGUCCCAGUGAUGGGGACCCUGGGCCUCGGUCCCAAACACCUCACUAAGUCAAGGUCACCCCUCCAUUUAAUUCUCAGUGACCAGAAGGCUCGCCAGACUCAGACCACGGACUUUAGCCCCAGCCACGGGGACAGUUGGAAGAGGAGGCUUCCAAAUGCUGUGUGGGUGUGCAGGUAUCUCCCAGAUACAGGAUGCGAGGCCAGACCCGUAGACAGAGCUGCACCAGACACCCCUGGCCCUCCAGGGGGAGAAGUGGGGCUGGAGUGGCAGGGAGACCUCCCUGGAGGAGGGGACACUGGGGCCUGCUUUAAGGGGUGAGGAAAUACGAGAGGGUCCAUAUUGCAGAUAGGAGAGAGGCAUGUAGCAUAUUGGCACCACAAGAAUUGAGAAAAGUCAAGAAAUGAGGCUGGAGGUUCAGAUCAGCCCAGAGAAACCUGAGCUUCACACAUGAGCAACAGGCACCUGGGGAAGGAGGCUCUCAGGUCAGUGGCCAGAAGAUCAUCUUGUCACCCAGGCUCAGAGAUGGGACCCAACUGCCCCAUGGAGAAGGCGGGGGCUGGGCCUGGUGGGAGUUGCGGGGAUGUGAGGGUUAGAAUUUCCCCCCAGGGGAUUCCCUGGUGUUCCAGUGCUGUGGCCCAGGUUCAAUCCCUGGAACUAAGGUCGCGCAAGCCACAUGGCACGGCCAGAAAAAAAAACUGGGCCCCCUAGGGCAGGAAACAGGUGGGCACCGCUCACCCUGUUUCCUGCACCCACAAGUACCACGUGGGCAAGAGUCCGAGGCUCCUUGGAGGGGUUGACAAAAAGUUGCCUCCUAAUUCUCCACCCUGCAGCCCCCUCCCUGGUCCAGCCCUGCCCCCUUACAUAUGCCCCCGAAUGGAGCCCAGCCUCCUGCAGGCUGUUCAGAACGCUCCCAAGCCCACCCCACCUUGCUCCAUGACCCCACCACCAACCCCAGCCUUCAGUGCUUCCUUUCUGCAGCUCAUCCCCAAGCCUGAGCUAUUUUUUCCUGCCGGGAGCACCAUUACGAAACUCCUCACCAAACUGACUCCAUCCCCACUUUAUAAUCUCAGCCACCCCUUGGACCCCAUCCCUUGGACCUCGCCCACAUGAGCAGGGGUUCAGGCUACACGGAAGGAACACAGCAGAGAAUCAUGGAGUCCUUCAAGGUGUCCCCAACCCUGGUCCCUGACCGUCUGCCUUGAGUUGGCCCCCGGGACCAGUUAAAACUUCACACCUGGACACAUUUAAAUUUGUCUGUGGCCACCGCAUGAAAACUCAAAUCUAAGGGCACUGAAGGGAGCUCUGCACCCAAGCGGAUGAGGUUCCUCUGUCAGCGCGCACAUACAAUGCCCACUUGAUCCUGGGCUGGAGGGAGGUCUGCGGAAUGUGAAGAGUUAAAAGGGUCCCCCUUCGGGGUCGAGGUCGAGGCUAGGAUGCCUGUGCCUUAGGGUGAAGAAAGAAGUGCAGAACGAGGUCCGGGGAACGAAUUCCCUUAGACCGAAGUGGCCUCCAGGACGCAGAAGCGGAAGCAUCCUGAGGCAUCGUAUUCUAGCAUUAGUAGAGAGGGAAACCGGUUGGGCGACGGGGACUGCCACUGGGGACAGCGCAGAGUCCGGCGAGGCUAUCAAGGCGGGGUGGGGCCACUGCGAGAGGGAGGGGCCUCGCAGGGCAGUCACAGCGCGGGGGCGACCUUUGCGCAAGGCGGGGCCGAGCCGGGCUGGGUCCCUGGCAGCUCCGCGCCCAGAGGCACCGCCGCGCAGAAACCAAGCCGGGGUCCCGGCACCGCCGCUAUGGACAUCCCGCCGCUGGCGGGCAAGGUCGCAGUUCUGUCGCUGGGCGCUCUCCCGUUGUCCUACGCGCUCAACCACGUCUCGGCGCUCUCGUACCCCCUGGGGGUGGUGUGGAUGAGCGCCCUGAUCCUGGGUCUGCUCUUCUUGGCUAUAUACAGCUUGUCCCGAAGUGACAUCUACUAUGACCCACUCUAUGCCGUGUUUGCGGUCUUCUCUUUCACCUCCGUGGUGGACCUCCUUAUCGCUCUCGAGGAAGAUGGCUACAUGGGGAGCUUCAUGGCGUUCUACACCAAGGAGGGUGAGCCGUACCUGCGCACGGCACACGGGGUCUUCAUCUGCUACUGGGAUGGCACUGUUCACUACCUCCUCUACCUGGCCAUGGCUGGUGCCAUCCGUAAAAGGAAGAGGUACCGGAACCUUGCACUCUACUGGCUGGGAUCCUUCGUCAUGAGCAUCCUGGUGUUCCUCCCAGGAAACAUCCUUGGCAAAUACAACUCAGAGAUCAGGCCUUCCUUUUUCCUCACCAUCCCCUACUUGCUGGUCCCCUGCUGGGCUGGCUUGAGGGUCUUCAACCAGACCCAGGCACCAAGCUGCUGCACUCCCAACAUGGUGGAGGAGGAACAAAGAAAGGGCCUUCUGCGGCGCCCAGUUGACCUGGCCCUCAUCAUCUACCUCAUCUUUGCUGCGUUCUUCACCCUCUUUCGGGGCCUGGUGGUGCUUGACUGCCCCAUGGAUGCCUGCUUCGUCUACAUCUAUCAGUAUGAGCCAUACCUGAGGGACCCCGUGGCCUAUCCGAAGGUGCAGAUGCUGGUGAAUAUGUUCUACGUGCUGCCCUUCUAUGGCCUGGCCAUCUAUGCCCUCAUCUUUCCUGGCUGCUCCUGGCUGCCUGACUGGACCUUGGUAUUUGCUGGAGCCAUUGGCCAGGCACAGUUCUCACACAUGGGUGCUUCCAUGCACCUGCGCACGCCCUUCACCUACCGUGUGCCUGAGGAUGCCUGGGCCAGCUUCUUCGUGUGCAACCUACUGUAUGCUCUGGGGCCUCACUUGCUGGCCUACCGCUGCCUGUGGAGCCCUGCCUUCUUCCUACGCCCGCUUCCUGGCCCCCCAGCCCACCAUGAGAAGCAGCACUGAGGGGGCUGUGGGACUCCCCAAGAUCCUGUUUACAUACCCAGCUGGCCCUGCCCCUGGAAGGGGGGGUUGGGUUUUUUAGAGGCAGGAGGUGUGUCUCUGGGUGACUUCAGUCCUGGCUAUGGUGAUUUCAGGGUGGGAUGGGGGGGCCCAAGGUCCAGGUGUUCCAGCAGAGAAGGCCACGGCCAUGCUCAGCUGUCACCUCACCCAAACUCCACACUGGCACCCUCCUGGAAUUUAUCCAUCAUCCCCCCCAUGGAUCCUUUCAGUAAAAUUCCUUUUGA